GUUUGUGCGCUCUCAGGUUACGCGUCUGAAGUUGUGGAGAAGAGGAGACUGAAGACAUCCAGACACUUCAAGGAGGAGGAAACUAAAGGCUCACUUCUUUUUGCUUCAUUCUUAACGCUGGGAAUUACAAUUAAGCCAUCGGACAGCGGCUGAGGAAAAACGCAAGGAAAACGAAUUUGUAGCAUUUAACUGGGAAACCAAGCAUACCCAACAGUAUGCGGUGCAGUUAUGGCAGGCAAGGGUAAGACAGUCGUAAGGACGCUGGAGGAUUUAACGCUUGAUUCUGGUUAUGGUGGAGCCGCGGACUCGGUCAGGUCGUCCAGCGUGUCGCUGUGCUGCUCUGACACGCAUCAGUCCGUAUCGGCUGGGGGCAACUGCUGGCAUCUGACGGAAUCCAUGCACAGCAGACAAAACAGUUUGGACACAGUGAACACCGUCCUGGCGGAGGACACGGAGAUACUGGAGUGCUCGGGUCAGUGCGCCAAGCUGCCCGAGCUGGAGGACGUGCCAUGGAGCCUCGGCGAGGUGGAGGGCGCACUGAGGAAAGACGAGGAGCUCAUGGUGGGCGACCCGCCACCGGAGGUCUUGGCGCGGCUGUCCGCUCUCAUCAGCCGCGCUCUGGUGAGGGUAGCCCGGGAGGCGCAGCGGCUCUCUCUGCGCUACGCCAAGUGCACCAAACACGAGAUCCAGAGCGCCAUCAAGGUGGUGCUAUCAUGGACCAUCUCCGUCAACUGCAUCACGGCGGCUCUGAGCGCCCUGUCCCUCUACAACAUGAGCACCGGGGACAAGUUCAGCCGAGGCAAGUCGGAGCGCUGCGGGCUGGUGUUCUCCGUGGGGAAGUUCUUCAGGUGGAUGGUGGAUAGUCGGGUGGCCCUGAGGAUCCACGAACACGCGGCCAUAUACCUGACCGCGUGCAUGGAGAGUCUGUUCAGAGAGGUGUUCAGCCGCGUCCUGCGCAGCGCGCUGGUGGAGAGGGACAACGGGAUCCCCAAGUUUACGCCGGAGUCACUGGAGCAAGCCAUCAGCAACGACUCGGAGAUCUGGGGGCUGCUGCAGCCCUACCAACACCUCAUCUGCGGCAAGAAUUCAAGUGGUGUGCUGAGCCUGCCGGAGAGCUUGAACCUGCACCGGGACCAGCAGCGCUCGGGGAGGGGCGGGGAGUGUCCGGGGUACACGCAGGCCGAGCUCCGCACGCUGGAACAGUCGCUGCUCGCAACGCGGGUGGGCAGCAUCGCAGAGCUGAGUGAUUUGGUGGCCCGGGCCAUGCACCACCUGCAGCCGCUGCACAUCAAAAACCCAAGCAAUGGGACUCCAGUCCACCAGAAGACCACCACCACGGUCCACUGGGAGCCCGAGGCCCUUUACACCCUGUGUUACUUCAUGCACUGCCCACAGAUGGAGUGGGAGAACCCCAACGUUGAGCCCUCUAAAGUCAGCUUACAGACCGAGAGGCCAUUCCUGGUACUGCCUCCGCUGAUGGAGUGGAUCCGGGUGGCGGUCGCCCACACAGAGCAUCGGAGAAGCUUCUCUGUCGACAGCGAUGACGUGAGGCAGGCGGCCAGGCUGCUGCUCCCCGGAGUGGACUGUGAACCUCGACAGAUCAAAGCCGAGGAUUGUUUCUGCGCCACCAGGAAACUGGACGCGGCGUCCACAGAGGCCAAGUUCCUGCAGGAUCUGGGCUUCAGGAUGCUGAACUGCGGACGGACGGACUUGGUGAAGCAGGCGGUGAACCUGCUGGGCCCCGACGGCAUCAACAGCAUGAGCGAGCAGGGGAUGACCCCGCUCAUGUACGCCUGCGUCCGCGGCGAUGAGGCCAUGGUCCAGAUGCUGCUCGACGCCGGGGCCGACAUCAACAGCGAGGUGCCAAGCACAGUAAACAAGCACCCCUCAGUUUAUCCUGAAACGCGCCAGGGGACGCCUCUCACUUUCGCCGUGUUACACGGACACGUCCCUGUCGUGCAGUUGUUGCUGGAUAAUAGAGCGAAUGUGGAGGGCGCCCUGCAGGAUGGGGCCGAGAACUACACAGAGACCCCGCUUCAGCUGGCCGCUGCUUCAGGAAACUUUGAGUUGGUGAGUUUGCUUCUGGAGCGAGGGGCCGACCCCAUGAUCGGGACCAUGUGUCGAAACGGCAUCUCCUCGGCCCCGCUGGGAGACAUGAACUCCUACAGCCUGGCAGCAGCACAUGGCCACAGGAAUGUGUUCCGGAAGCUGUUGGCGCAGUCGGAGAAGGAAAAAGGGGACGUCCUGUCCCUGGAGGAGAUUCUCGCCGAGGGUUCGGAUCCGAGCGAGAAGAGGCUGGUCCCGCAGGCCAACGGCGGCGGCGGAGGAGGAGGGACCCUGCGAACAGGAAAGGCCAGACUGAGGGCCCUGAGAGAGGCCAUGUACCAUAGCGCAGAGCACGGCCAUGUGGACAUCACCAUAGACAUCCGCAGCUUAGGCGUUCCCUGGACGCUGCACACCUGGCUCGAGUCCCUGCGUACCUGCUUCGUCCAGCACCGCCGGCCGCUCAUCCAAGGCCUGCUCAAAGACUUCAGCUGCAUCCAGGAGGAGGAGUACACGGAGGAGCUCAUCACACACGGCCUGCCGCUCAUGUUCCAGAUCCUCCGAGCCAGCAAGAACGAGGUGAUCAGCCAGCAGCUGUCAGUCAUCUUCACUCAGUGCUAUGGGCCCUUCCCCAUCCCUAAGCUGACAGAGCUCAAGAGGAAACAGACCUCACGCUUAGACCCUCACUUCUUGAACAACAAAGACAUGUCUGACGUCACGUUCCUGGUUGAGGGGAAACCCUUUUAUGCACAUAAAGUUUUGCUGUUUACAGCUUCACAGAGGUUCAAGUCACUGCUACAGAAUCGACCAGCAGCAGAGAACACCUGCAUUGAGAUAAGCCACGUCAAGUACAAUAUAUUCCAUCUGGUCAUGCAGUAUCUGUACUGCGGAGGCACCGAGUCCUUGCACAUACGCAACACUGAAGUGAUGGAGCUCCUGUCUGCAGCCAAAUUCUUCCAACUAGAGGCCCUUCAGAGACACUGUGAGAUCAUCUGCUCCAAGAACAUCACCACCGAGACCUGCGUGGAUCUGUACAAACACGCCAAGUUCCUCGGCGCCUCAGAGCUCACCGCUUUCAUCGAGGGCUACUUCCUGAAGAACAUGGUGCUGCUGAUUGAACUAGACGGCUUCAAGCAGCUGCUAUACGAAGCCCCGCCGCCCGAGAGCCCCGCGUCCAGUCCCGGCAUCUGCUCCGACAUCCUCCUCGAGCUGGAGAAAAAUCUGGCCGUGCGAAUCCGCUCCAUCCACCUCUCCACCUCUAAGGGCUCCGUGGUGUGACAACAUCGUCUCGCAGAAGCCCCUUCAAUCCAGGCACACAGCAUCCAUGUAACGCCAUUUUCAACGACCGGUGCCCCCUAUAGACCAUAUUAACACGACGGCCCGUUUACUCUUAGGUCAUCCUCAGGGAGGGAAGCUCGGUUGCUUUUAUGAUGUCGCACUUCUGGUUCAUUGUUGGGAGUCACACAGGAUUUGGAUAUCCAACUGAAAAUACAAACAACAGUGAAAAUCUUGAGGAACAAGUGGACAUAUUUACAAGAACAAAUAUCAUAUUUGAUAACCAAAAAACUAAAAACAUCAUUAGCAUUCAGGGCAUUCACUAGAUAUAACUUUCCUUAGCUAGCACUACUAACACUAGUAGCAUUUCAUGAUAGAAUAGAUGAGGCAUAAAUCCCUAGCUAACAUAAUGUUGGCUACAAAUCUAAGGGAGGGGUUAAAAGGCUAGCAUUAGCUGUUGUCUCACAGUAGCUAAUGGGUUAUCAUAUAUUUUGUCUUUCUUUAAACAUUACUCAAAGCCUCUCUGGACGUCUGACGAUAUAGUAGUACAUUAGUAGUCAUCAACUUCCUAGCUAACAUUGCAAUUUUAGCGCGGUUAAUUCCGAAAUGUGAAAAAUCCAAGGUUAUAUAGCGAGCAUGUUUGCUAGCUAGGACAUGCUAGGUUAGCUGUUAUGGCUCAGCUGCCAGGUGCUAGGUUUUAGUUGAUACGUAUAUUAGCUGAUGUGACUUAGCUGUUACUAUACAACCUGGAUAAAGCAGUACAACAUUAUAUAAAGUAUUUGAGCUUCUCCCCUGAGUUUGACGUUAGAUCAAAUCGACUACAGCAGCACUCGUCUGUCCUGGCCCUGAAGAAGGGCUGUUGGAUUUUUUACGUCAGGGAUUCCCUUUAAAUCUCCCACCGGGGGAGUCAGAUCUGGCAUACGUGACAAAGUCAGAGUGAGAACUUUCUUGCCUUGUCUCCUAAUUGCUCCCACUUCUAACUGAACACCCCUACAACAACAACAACAACAACAACAACAAAAAACUGUCAAAAAAACAAAGAAACAUAACUGACUUGACCCAGCAGUGUCCCUCAGACCUGAUAGUGAUUAUGGUAUUUCAUAUAGGCCUAAGAGAAAUGCAUGAAAUACAUUCUGUACACCUUUUUGCUUAAAAAGGUAGAGUAGAAAUUUAACACAAUUAAAGCAGCUUUCUCAUCGUCUUAAGAUAUGAGACUUUGGUUUACAUUCAACAUCACUUCAUGGACAAAGAUUAACAAUGCCAAAAUAUAAUCCUCCUAUACAUACAAUAAAAAGUGACUAGUAGCAACCCCAGGAGACGGACUUUAGGUGGACUCGUUUGAACCUCUUUACUGUCCGUCUGUCUCUUGUUUGUUGGACGCGUUUCACUGUGUUAUAUCUAAACUGUGUGCAGAGGCCAAACUGAUCACAGGAACUUCCACUGAGGCCGACACUGCAGCGCUGAUUCAACUAAAGUCGGCCCACUCAGUGAACUGUGUUGCUGACAGAUGCUUGAAAACACGGAUGUCCAACUGGGAAAUUAACUCCACGAAAACACUGUUGACUUUUUUUUUUUUUUUUUUUUUUUGCAUGACACCUACUCAACUGAGCUGCCCUGAUAUUUGCUUUUUAUGCAGAGCUUAACUUCACGGACCACUUUCUCAAAGUUCAAGUAAGGGGGAAAACGCUGCUUAUUAAAACUUUCUAUCCACUGCAAAACUGACUGAGCGGGAUUUUUUUUUUUGGAGAUGGAUUUGGAUUUGGCAGGGACUUUCUCUUUCAAGGAUAUUUAAAAAGCAAAGUGUAAAUACGUCCUCAGAGUCAUCGUUGCUGGUCGUUCUUUUUUUUUUGUAAUCUGAUGUACAGUAUUCUCCCACACUCGCUCGGCUGAUGACACCAGUCUCAUUUGAAUGUGCUCCCUGAAACCGUUUGUUUCCCUGCUCUGUGUCUUGUUUAUGCAAAAGUUGCAUGUUUAACCUGUUUGUUUGAAUCCUCUGUCUUCUCCUCUGUAGGUGUUCUGUCUGUGUAGAUCUGUAGGGCUGAGUACGGUGACGAUUGUUCCAGUCGAAGUUCAGUCAGAGGAUUUCCCCUUCAGUCGAUUUCUGAGACAUUCCAAAUGAUCAGGGUAGAUUACAAGAGCCAUUUUAAAACCCCUUUUAGAAGUUCUCAAUAACUCAUUAUUUGAAAGAUAGUUUAGAGGUUGACUCACAUUCAAACUUUCUACAAGGGUAAAACUUUUCAAAGUUAGAUAGUUUGAGGAAAAGUUCAAUAUGUGAAAGCAGCAUAAGCAUGAAAGAGAGUUCAUCCUGUUACUUCAAACCCAGUUAAUUUUCUUCAGUCAUCAAAUUUCAAAUGUAAAGCAACAACAUCUUUAAACUAAAGCCAAAAGGGGGGUCAAGACUCAAACACCUGAUAUAAAAACCACUUCAGUAAAUUAUGAGAAAAAUAUCUUUUAAAGGCUUUCUAUGUGAUUUUUCACACUUAAAUGUAGAAAUCAAGUAUAUCCUCUGAAAAUAA